GAGGAAAGCAUGUGGCGAGAGCCUAUUUUUAGGCGGUUAAGAUAUUCUACUGUCUCGCUCGGUGCCACGUCCAAGCUCUGGAAAAGCUCCUGGCUCCUAGCCUUCGUGCUCCCCUGACUCCGUACAAUACAGUACAGCUGGAGAGCAGCUAAAAGAUCUCAAUGCUUUUUUAUGUAUCUAACCCACCAGCCAAUCUCAAUCCGGCGGACGCCAGGUCACCUGCCCCGCCCGGGAACUCAAAGGCUCAAUGCUCAAUGCUCGAGGCUCAGGUCAGGGCUCCAGGGCUGCAAAUACGACCUCGAUCCAGGUUGAGGAUCGUCGCUGGGUCGACCAGGGAUUUACCCUGUUGGGAGUGGUCAACUCAAAACAUGGGUUGAUUCUGGACGGCUUUUGCAGCAUGUAAAAGGCGCU